AAAUCUCUUUCCGUGUGUGGAUGUGUGGAGGGAGCCUGGAAAUCAUCCCCUGCAGCCGCGUUGGACACGUCUUCCGGAAGAAACAUCCGUACGUCUUUCCAGAGGGAAACGCCAAUACGUACAUUAAAAACACCAAGCGCACUGCAGAGGUGUGGAUGGACGAAUUCAAGCAGUACUACUACGCCGCUCGUCCCGCAGCCCAGGGGAGGCCUUAUGGAAACAUCCAGAGCAGAGUGGAGCUACGGAAGAGGUUGAAAUGCCACAGCUUCAAGUGGUACCUGGAAAAUGUUUAUCCCGAACUUCGGAUUCCCAAGGAAUCACUCUAUCAGACUGGGAUGAUCAGGCAAAGGCAGAGCUGCUUGGAGUCGCACAAGUCUGAAGCCCAAGAGUUCCCCGUCCUGAGCUUAAAUCCUUGUAUCAGCAGCAAAGGCACAGCAGCAACAGCACAGGAAUGGACAUACACAUACAACCACCAAGUCCACCAGCAGCAGCUGUGUUUGUCUGUGUACACCCUCUUCCCCGGUUCCCAGGUGCUGCUGUCACCUUGCAAAGAAGGUGACAACAAGCAGCGAUGGGGUAAAGUUGGGUCACACAUUGAACACAUAGCUUCACGCUUUUGUUUGGACACUGAAACGAUUGGAGACACAAAUGAGAACACCAAAGAGCUUGUCAUCAACCCUUGUGAGAGCACAGCCAUGAGUCAGCGCUGGGACAUGGUAAUGUCUUGA